CUCUCCCCCUUUCAGUUGGCUUUUAUUUAAAUUUGGGCCAGGGGGUAGGCUUCCCAGGGAAAUAGCCUGCAGUGGCAAGAUGGCGAACAGAGGGUUGUGAGGUGGGAUGGUAAAUGAAAAACGCGUUCAUCGAUGAAUUAAGGUGUGUAAACCAAAGUGUGUGUGAUGGAACAGCAGAAUCAUUCAAAGCAGCUGCUACUGCAGCUGAACCAGCAGCGAGCCAAAGGAUACCUGUGUGAUGUCAUCAUCGUGGUGGAGAACGCGCUGUUCCGUGCCCACAAGAACGUCCUGGCGGCUAGCAGCGUCUACUUCAAGUCGCUGGUCCCCCACGACAACCUCAUCAACCUGGACACAGAGAUGGUCAGCCCCUCCAUUUUCAGACAGGUGUUGGACUUCAUCUAUACAGGUUGUCUGUCCAGUUCUGACUCCGUCAGUGACCACAGUAUCUCGUCUCUCCUGAUCGCCGCCUCCUACCUCCAGCUGACUGAACUGGCUGCUCUCUGUCGCAGGAAGCUCAAACACAACGGUCAGACCCCCUCCAGCUCCAACAAGAUGACCCCCUCCUCUUCCACCUCCCCAACCCCAAAUGGACACACCCCUAGCCCCCUCUGCCUCUCCUCCACCCCCCUCCACAACCACCAGCACCAUAACAACCACUCAGGGUCCAAGAAGGGGAACCAGAGACCGAGCCAGGAGGGAAGGCUGAGAGAGGAUCUGUCCGAGAAGGUGUUUAUUUCAGGCUCGCGCUGUGCCUCCCUCAGCCCUUCUGGAGAAGGUAGGAGUAACGGGCUGGGACUGGACCUGUCCAAAAGGAGUCCGUCAGAGAGCACUGCCACAGAGGAGGUGUCCCCCAGCAGUCUGCUCCAGAGCUCUUCCCCCCACUCCUCCUCUCUCUCCCCCACUCCCACUCCUCCCACAACGUCUAGUGCUAAGCCAGAGCCUCCAAAGACCUCCACAGACCUCCAGCCCAGAGCCCCUCGCAAGAGGCCCCGAGGUGAUAAAGUGACCCCAGAGCUGGAGGAUGGAGAGGUAGAUGGAGAGGAGAACGGUCUUGAUCAGAGUGAGGGGAGUGGGCACAAUGGAAGAGGAGGAGGAAGAAAAGGGAGGAGAAACGGAAACACCAACUACAUCUACCGUCAGCCCCAGCCAGGGUUUGAGCCCGGUGUGGGGGACAACCUGUACGUCUGCAUCCCCUGUGGGAAAGGCUUCCCCAGCUCAGAACAGCUCAAUGCCCAUGUCGACACACACACCCACGACCAACUCUACCUGAAAGACGAGGAGGAGGAAGAGGAAGAGGAAUGUGGUGGAUACUUGAAGGACAAAGAUCCGGACACAUGCCCAGAUGACUCUGCAUCAAAGGGGAUGAAGCCUGACCCUGAAGAACCUGGGCAUCUCUGCACAGUCUGCAGUAAGAGCUGCAAGGACGCGACAUCACUACGGCAACACGAGAAGAGCCAUUGGCUGAACAGGCCAUUCCCCUGUAACAUCUGUGGCAAGCUGUUCACUCAGCGAGGCACCAUGACGCGCCACAUGAGGAGUCACCUGGGCCUCAAGCCCUUCGCCUGCGAGGAGUGUGGCAUGCGCUUCACACGACAGUACCGCCUCGCCGAGCACAUGCGGGUCCAUUCGGGGGAAAAGCCGUACGAGUGCCAGCUGUGUGGCGGAAAGUUCACCCAGCAACGCAACCUCCUUAGUCAUAUGAGGAUGCACACCUCGCCCUCAUAGAGGACACUUCACCAUGGUUACUGCAGCAGAACCACAGCUACCUGGGUUCUAUUAGGCUGUCUACCUCAUCUUAAGAUAACUAUCUGGACCCUCUGUUACCCAUAGUACCUCCUCACCCUUGUAAACACACCUGGCUUCUACCUCAUUUUCAGCUAACCAUCUGGAGCCUCUGUUACCCAUAGUACCUCCUCACCCUUGUAAACACACAUGGGUUCUACCUCAACUUCAGAAACUCACCUUGAAAUGAAUUACCUCACCUUUAUAACCACUCACCCCGAGUAACUUAACCAAUAUUUUCAACCUCUUAACAACUAUCACUUAUACCCUCACCCUUGUAACAACUAUCACCCAUGCCCUCAACUAGUGAUUCAUAUUUUCUCGAAAACCUACCAAGUUUUAAUACGGGGAAUAAUUUAUAUUUAUCGCAAGAGUCCCGGGAAAUACCGCAACAAAAUUGAAGUGCCCAUUCACAGGCCUUUAAAACCAAGAUAUGUCACUAUGCCUGGGUUCUCCCAAAAUAAGAUUGUCGCUGUGCCACAAUGCCGGCUUGGCUGCGCCACUGUAAAGGUUUCACAGCAAGUGAAACUGAUAUUUAGUAAUGAUAGAGUAACUUUGAUCACCAAUGACAUUGUUGUGAAUUGCGAAACAGGCCGUUCAUGAAUUCCGAGCAUGAUCAUGUUACUCAAUUAAUUUAGCCCAGGACUACUGCUGAAAUAUGCUAUCUCAAGACAGAGCAUGGUCAGGACCCACAGAGCGCACCCAGAGUAGGCUAUAGUGUUGUCGAAUCAUACAAACUUUGUAACUGCAGUCAAACAAAAGUCAAAUGACUAAAGUUGCUACGCUUGUUAACCUCCAACGAAUGACAAAAUAUCUCCUAUUUGGCAGAAUGGAGUUGAUGAUUAUACAGAUGGCAGAUCAGCUCAUGAAUAACUAGUAGUUGAAGAGAGGAAAUUGUUUAAAGAUCAAUGUAUCUUAACGGGGACCAUAUUCUCUACUCUCGUACUGUUUGUUGAUCUCACAUUCUGUACCGAUGCUCUCAUAUGGUCAGAAAUACGAAACAGCACAGAGAAGCGGGGGAAAUGUUCCAGGUAUUUUGACAUGCAUUGUUUUGUUUUUGAUUUAUUUAACCUUUAUUUAAUUAGGCAAGUCAGUUAAGAACAAAUUCUUAUUUACAAUGACAGCCUACCCCGGCCAGACCCUGACCCGGAAGUUGGUGGGCCAAUUGUGCGCCGCCCUAUGGAACUCCCAAUCACGGCCGGCUGUGAUACAGCCUGGAAUCGAACAAGGGUAGUGACGACUCUAGCACUGACAUGCAGUACCUUAGACCGCUGCGCCACUCCGGACAAGAGUCAAGAUUUCUGGUUUCAGUGGGAUUAUUGGGACUAUAGGAAAAUAGCCUAGGCUCUAUAUAAGGCUACUACCUGAGUCAAUAGAUAAUACACUUGAAUUUGGCUACAUUAUUCCAAUCUAAAUGUUUCUGAUCAGUGAUAAACAAAUAAAUUAACUACCACUUCUACUUGUCCAGCCAAGAUAAAUCAACCAAAUAUAUAGACAGAGAUUCAGUGAAACAAAAUCACAUUGAUUGAUUGACACAGGCUUUUUGUUGCGAGUAGGAAAGGCUACUAUGUGAGUGAAGAGCAAGCAGAGUUGUAUAACAUGCUAGCAACAUUUUCUGAUCAGCUAAUAUAUGAGCAAACUAGAGUAAAUAUGAUCAUUAGCACUCACCUCAACUUGACUAACAUUUCCCCAGCCUACCAAAUAUCCAAACGGAGAUUCAGUGAAAAUAAAAACCGGACAUUGAUUGAUUUAUCUAGACGAGUCCCCCACGCUUGUCUCGAAGCAGUGCGAUGGUGCUGUCUCCGUUAAAACUGCUGAAAUGAUCAUCUCGGUGACCACACACAACUAUUGCUUCAAUUUAGUAUAACGGUUGGAUAAAACUUUGGCAGUUUCAGUGUAACCAAGAAUUUGAUAUUUGCAAUAAUUUUGCUUUCCCCUACUUUAUUCUAAUAUUUUCAUCAUUCAGUUGAUCAUAACUCAGGUGUUAUCCUCUCUCUGCGCUUUUCCUCGGCCCAAUGCCUGUUUCCUCGUCUCCUCACUCAGGUGCUUCCCACCUCCACCACGUUGUUCUCAACACCAGUUUAAAUCAAUAUAGCCUACUGUUAUCUACAAAUCUGGCAUUUUUUAAUUCUGUGAUGUCGGACCAGGCCUGGGAUCAUACUUCAGCUCACUGGCUUGGGUCGGCCCGGGAUCGAAUUGUCAUUUCUGAUGAGAACUCUAAACUGCAUUCGGGUCUUGUGUGCAAUCCGGCAUUUGCUUUGCAUUUAUGACGACUUUGUGUAAAGAAAAUAUGCUAAGUUAAAGGCUUCCAUGUGACAACCUGUUUGGAUAAUGUACCAUUUUAUUUUUUGCCAAUCUGCUGCUGUAGAUGUUGGGCAUUUGGUGGAAUUGCAUUACUGUGACAUUGGGGUAAAUUUGGUAAUUUCCCGGGUCUUGUCACAAUUAUUUUUUGGGAAAUGUGGGGACAGUCCCAGGAUCCCGGUUACCAGUGUUAAUCCGUACCCUCAACCUCUUAACAACUAUCACCCAUACCCUCAUCCACUUAACAACUAUCACCCUCAUCAUGGCAACCAUGAUUCUGUACCUCUAUUUGAGAACUGUUCCUCAUCUUACUAAUACCAACCAUUAUUUCACCCUCAGAACCCAUCAUAAAUCCACAUUCAGCCAGCCAGCCAGCUGUUCUGGCUAUCUCAGGGUCAACACACCACACCUCUCCAUCUGACAUAAAACCAAAGACGCCUUCCUACCCAUCCCAGGUGGCUCAAAUAUGUUUUGAUGAUAGCUUUUAGCAUCCAACCAAACUAGCCCUCCCAGGGUGUCAGUCCAUGCUGUCGUUCCUCCAGGCUGUUGUAGCUGUCUCUCGCUGGCCAAUGGGGGACCUCAUUGGCUCUCCUGCCUCAUUAUCAGACACAUACUGAACCCCAGGCAAAGUUGGCUAGCAGUCACUAAUAUUAUGUUCUCCAGCGAGAUAGGACAGGUGAGUCAGCCUAGCCAGUGUGCAUAUAAUAACUUAUCACCUUUAAAUACACUGCCUGUUGGAAACGUGGCAUUAUUAGAACAUGAUCAGGGGUGUUCUAACAGCAAUGUUUGCUUUAUUUGUAGUUCAUACGUCAGACUUUGUAGUUUAACUUGGGUGUAAAAUGUUUGAGAACUUAGUGAGAACUUAGUUAUGCGUUUGUGAAUGUUUAGACUGGGUAUUUCUACUUUAAGGGGUUUGGGUCAGGUAGGGGUGUUUCUUUUUAAUUUCAGGCAUCAUUCUGUUGGUACCGUUGUUUUGUCUGCAUUUUUAAAAGGCUGGUCUACUGCUACUAGCCCUGUCACACUGCUACCUCUUCACUCUUCAGAUGAACCAUUUAAUGAUACUCUCCCAGUAUCCCUGUAUUAAGUUUGCUUUUGGUUUUCAACAAGUUCCUCUCGUCUGUUAAUGCUGUGAGGAGGGGAGAGUAUUGCUUCCUGGAUAAGUGUGUUACUGGUACAAGUGUAGGAGAUUGUAAGGUGAAAUCCAAAGAGAAAAUGAUUGCAAACUAACAACAACUAACGUUUUUCAAUGUCAGUGUAGUUUUAACGAUGCUAUUAUGUCCACUCCUAGUUCCACACAAACAGCCUUGUGGUAGAAAUGACUCAUGUUGAUUGGACCAACGUCACCUCAUUGCCUUACUUUGUCUUCACUAUGUCCUCAGGAGGACUACAUACGUGUCAUUUCUGAACAUCUAAGAAUGUGUUGUAAUUGCGUUGUUUUAGACUAGUAAGUACAUAGUUUUAAAAUUCUCUUUCCUACAUGUUUAUCACUUAAGUGUUGAAAAAAAGUCAUUUUUACUUCAGAAAGGUGUACAUAACUCAGGAACAUCGAUGUCAGGGUCUGGCGUCCAUCAAGUACAUAUCCACACUUAUGAGUUUCGUUAAACUGCAAAACUCUGGUUGUUUUGGUUCAGGCAUUUAGAAUGUCGACAGAUGAAAUGAAAGAGCAGAGCGAAACGGAUAAACAUGUUUCAGCUGUGAGGGUGAUAACUCUAAACCAUAUCUUCAGGGAUGGUUCCUCACAUUUUAACUGAAGAACCCUCUGCUGUGUUGUCAAACUGUCUGUACUGUCAGAAAGCAAAAACACUAGUUUCCUAAAGCAAGAGAUUUUUUAAAGGAGGUGGGUGGUGAUUAUCUUUCAAAUAACUUCUGGAUAAAAGUUAGAGGUGUUUUUAAAAUAUAUUAUAAAAUAUUAGUUCUUGAAUGUUAUCAGCAUGCAUUGUAUAAAAGAUACAAGCUUGUUCCAAAUCAACAGACUAUUUUCUAAACCAAAGCACAUACUGAACGACUGACGGCUUGUGUGGCGUAAAGUGUGAGUGUGUGGGAGCGUGAUCUCAUUGUUUACAUAAACCGAACAGUCAGACCUCAGGCAAGGAAUCGUUUUUUCACGUCUAGAAACAAAGAAAAGAACAGCAUUGUUUAUUUGCAUGUAUUGUUGAGCCUGUAAACUUAAGUAUCCGCAUGUUAUGAAAAUAUGAUGAAGCCAUUUUUGAUAUCUUGUUUGUUGUUGAUUGUUUGUUGUGACCAACCAAAUGUUUUACGAAGGGGUAGAAACAACAUGUGAAAAGGGAGUAGGCUGUAAUAUCAAGUUAUUUAGUCUACAACUCAUUAUUUUUAAGAAUAGGAAAUAUUACCUCCGAGUACACCAGUCAGGGAUUUGGUCACAAACCCUUUAUCCAGUUCCAUUAUUCUAUUUAUCUCUUACUGUCUCUCUCUUAUUAAGUAAGUUGUUGCAGUCACUUACAGACAGUGUAGUCUAUUGAUGAAUGUAUUUAUUAGUUUCCUGUUUUAAACCGCUUUAUGAAAUCUCAGUGGAUGAUUGUCAGGGGCUUUAUUACUUAGUUUCUCUCUAAACUGUAUUAGCAGUAACAAUGUUAAAGGGUUAGUUAACCCCAAAUAGCUUGACAACCACGCUGUGUGAGAACGUCAAACCAUGAUUUAUUGGGUGAACGGACCCUUUAAACAUGAUAUGGCUAUAAAUAAGAUCAAGCUCCCAGCCCAAGACACUGGAGACAGUGGGAAUGUACUGCUCCUGUGGUAUAGGUGUUUUGUACCACUUUUACCUCAUCCAAAGCAUGUAGAACACAAAGAUGAAAUGUUUUUUAUUGUGCUACAUUGUUUCCUGUUUUUCUGAGAAUGUAAUGUGUUGUUGUUGUCAUCUGUUCUAUAGGUGGUCUUAUCCAUUGGUAUGGGACCACUGACUCCUGGUACAGAUGCAAUAUGUAUUGUAUUCUACAGAAAGCAUUGGUUUUGUCAAAGCAACUUCUGUUAAAGGCUGGUAUUGUUACUAUUACAGAGACGCUUCUUGUUUAAUCUCUAUCUGAAAACCAAAGGUGUCUAUGGCAGCAUAAAUAUGUACAUAGUCACACGUGCCACUACUAAUCCAAACCAAGCCACUUAUGAACUAAACCAAAGGCAGUCUAAGGCAGCAGGUCUAUUCAUAUAAUUCCUAAGACUUCUGGGCAUGAAACCAUGUCAAAGCUGGCUUUAUGUAUUCAUUUACUGUCUUUGUACAACAAGUUUCUCUGUUCUACUAAAUAUUUGUUCAAUUAUAUAUAUUUUUCUCAGUCUUCAACAUGCUUUACUGAGAAACUCCAAAGUUCAAUUCCUCAGAGCUUGUGUUAAGGAGUUUCUUGAUCCGUGUGGUUCUCGCUGCACCAUGUGAUUCAACACAAUGUCAUGAUUCAGAGUCCACUGGUUAACCUGCAGUCUCUUAAUGUACAGAUAUGAGUGUCAUCUUUAUAAAGAUCUUUUCAUUAAACUUGAUUGG